CCAAGGAGCUGCCCUACAGCUGCGUUGAAAUGAGCUCAUAUGGUCAACGUAUCUUACAAGUAGAAUACCUACAACUGGUGACCAGAUAUCAGGAGAGUGUGGAAGAAAGUAACGAGAGACUUGCCGGCAGUUAG